UGCAGCGCCGUCGCUGCACCUGCUGCGUGCGGAGGAAUCCCUCCGACACCGACUGUCUGUUUCCAAGGAUACCACUGUUAGCUUGCUAGCGGGCCGGUCAGCGCCGUCAGGCAAAGACCACCGAGAUGUCAUUCAUUUUUGAUUGGAUUUACAGGGGGUUUAGUGGUGUUCUACAGUUCUUAGGUCUAUACAAAAAGACUGGGAAGCUGGUUUUCCUGGGCCUGGACAACGCUGGUAAAACAACACUCCUGCACAUGUUGAAAGAUGACCGACUCGGACAGCAUGUGCCAACACUACAUCCUACAUCUGAAGAGUUGACAAUUGCUGGCAUGACAUUUACCACAUUCGAUCUCGGAGGACAUGUACAAGCAAGAAGAGUGUGGAAGAACUACCUGCCGGCUGUGAAUGGAGUUGUUUUUCUCGUAGACUGUGCAGAUCAUGAUAGACUUACAGAAUCCAAGACCGAACUUGAUGCUCUCCUAGCAGAUGAGACCAUUGUGAAUGUGCCCGUGUUGGUGCUGGGUAAUAAGAUUGACCGUCCGGAGGCCAUUAGUGAAGGAGGCCUGAGAGGGGCUUUUGCUCUCGAUGGCCAGGUUACUGGAAAGGGCAAUGUCUCUCUGAAGGAGCUGAACGUCCGGCCGCUGGAGGUUUUCAUGUGCAGCGUAUUGAAAAAACAAGGCUACGGGGAAGGUUUCAGAUGGCUAUCGCAGUACAUUGACUGACUUGUGGGAGGACUGCACCCUCACCAAAAGGGAUUUUUUCUGGCAAGUUUUCUUCAUAGUUGACAAGAAAUCUCUGUCCUUACAGCAUCCAUGGAAAGACGUGAAGGCCUUGAUCAAUCUGUCCAAAUUUCACAUUAUUUAAUUGCGAGACUAAAUACGUUCUCAUAUUACUUACAGCAUUUAGUCAGGUUUUAAAGGUUUCUAUGCAAACUUUUAAAAAUGGUUCAUGGUGAACUGUGCUAAGUAAGUGUAUGUUAUUAAUGUGACAUUACUUGAGUUAUAGAAUUCUCUGGCCUGUUGUUAAUUAGAGUGUAUUUGAGAAGUUACAUUAUACUUGGUCACAAUACAUGAGCGAUAGUAUAUGUUCAAGGAAGAAUGUAGAAAUGCACUUUGAAUGUAUUAUUUAUUAGAGAAUGGACCAAGUGCUGCAGUUGGAAUUAUUAUUAGGCAGUGAGUGUUGACAAAUUAAAGACUAAGGAUGAUUGUGGUGGUAGUCCACUGGCUAUUGUACAUCGGAUUAAGAUGGUUGACUUUAGAUUAUAAGAAGAUUAAUUUGACAAAUGACUCCAUGAAAAAGAAAGUAAUACAAAGGAUUAAUUUUAGGUCAUUUUAUCCGAUGAUAUAUAGCCACUGCCUUCAAAGCACUUGGCCAAAGAUGUAUUCCUAUCUUUGCUAAUGACUUUGGGAUUAGUGGAAAGAGACAGUGUGCUUCAACAAAAGAUUUCUUCCAUGAGGAGCGCUGAGCCAAAAUAAUGUCAGAUCCCUUGGAAGGAACCUAAAAACGAGGGAAAAGAUAGCAAAUCCCACAAACGACGGCAAAGAUGCAGGAGUAGUUGCACUGCGCUUCAGUUUUGUUUGUUGUUUUUUGGCACACAUAAAAAAAGACACUUGUGUCUUUUCUACUGAGUCAGUUUGAACACCCCACUGUAGAGUGUACUGUGAUUAAUGUGCUGCUCCAUCUUUUCAGUUUCUAGAUGUAAUUGUCUUGUUUUCUUAUGGUAUAACAGUUGCAUAUUGAAACAUCAUCUCAAUUAUAUGUGCACCCAAAGUGAUUUUAUGUGUUUCAAUGAAAGCAGCUUAGCUGAAAUGUGCUUGUAUUGACCAAAAUUAUUUCAAGUAUUGUGGAAGUUUUUUUAACUUUGGGAUGUUUAGGAUACGAGGAUAAGCACUUAUUUUGAUGGCUGCCCAAGUUUAAUUAUAUCAUUAAGGUAAUCAUUAUACGUUGCCCUUAAAAUGGCUCCAAGCAAUAAAGUAGAAUGACCAUCUGUUUUGGAGAAUAAAUGACCUCAUUCAACAGAAUUUUGUAGUAGUAGAGAGAGUGGUUUUAACCAUUUUCUCUGCCACUAACAGAUUCAUCUUUAUCACAAGACUGUAGUUUCAUCUCUCAGAAAGCUCUGGCUGCAGGAUGGAAACCAUUUUUAUGUGCUCAUGUAUUUAUUCAUUCGCACGUGGAACUACUUCCGUAAUUACUAACAAGUAAUGCAUUGAAUUCAGUGUCUUUUAUCUUGGCUUAAUAUUUGUUAGUCUUAAUUGAAUUAAGGUCCAGUGUGAAGCUGCGGUGUUGUAGAUAUCAGGGUAGGAUUUUUGCUUGUUUUUUAUUGACUGGAAAUGCUUGGCAUCUAAUGCAGUAUUUAUUUUAAACUUUGUGGAAUUUUACACAGCAGCCUGAUAUAGGAUAGCCAUUGUUUGUUUACUUUUUGUUGUUAUUAGAAUCAAAGUAAUAUUCCAAUUUUGGUUAAGUGCUUGAUGAAGUUAGUGUAGCUUUCUGUAAUAUACAAUGAAUAUUUAAUCAGUGUUCAGACCGUCAGUGUCCAGCCCUUACAGGUUUGAAGUGCUGCAAGCUCUGUACUUUUUGACUGUCUGAAAAGAUAUGAGAGUGCACUUGCAACAGUUGUGUCACCAUGUAAACUGAUAUUCCUGUAUUAUUCCAUAUUCUUGAGUAUUUUCCAUUUUUGAGUUGAUGUGUGUUAACAGCAAUCCACUGUUUACAACAACCUAGGAAAAAAAUCAUAUCCGGAUUAUGAGAAACACAAAUAUAGUAGCUGGGAGACAGAAGCCUGUUAAUUUUGUUUUUUAAAUUCCAUUUAUAGAUUCCCGCACCCCAUGUUUCCAUGGUAAUAUUUUGAAUAUUCAGUUUUUUGUGUUUUCAGGGAUAUUUGUGAUCUGGAUAUGAAGGCACAUAACCAUUUUUCUAUAAACAGGGACCAUACUUACAGGAAUACUGUAUGCAUGUGAACACAGAUAACUUGUCCUUCAGUGUUAUGCACCAGUGUCUCUGAACCACUGUAAAUAAUGUAUAAUACAGAUGUAAACAUUUGUACAGUUCAUGCACAUGAACUGGCAGCAUGAAUUACUGGAGUUAUUUAUAACUGACUGUAUUCAUGUGAGUAAAACAAUAUUUUCAACAA